AUGGAGGCCUCACAGUCUGUACUACCUCUUGGGUCUGGGCUGUCUGCUCGUGCAGCACACACCAGUUACGUAGAAGCAGAAAACCACACAGAACUAUCAGAAUUCCUCCUCCUGGGCCUCUCAGAGGAUCCUGAACUUCAGCCACUUCUCUUUGGACUGUUCCUGUCCAUGUACCUGGUCACUGUGCUUGGGAACCUACUCAUAAUCCUGGUUGUCAGCUCUGACUCCCACCUCCACACCCCCAUGUACUUCUUCCUCUCCAAACUGUCCUUUGUUGACAUUUGUUUCACCACCAGCAUAGUCCCCAGGAUGCUGGUGAACAUCCAGGCACACAACAAAGGCAUCUCCUACACAGGGUGCCUUACUCAGAUGUAUUUUAUUAUGAUCUUAUCUGGACUGGAUAAUUUACUUCUGACUGUGAUGGCCUAUGACCGGUACGUGGCCAUCUGCCACCCACUGCACUACAUGGUCAUCAUGAACCCCAGCCUCUGCAUGCUGUUGGUUCUGAUGUCUUGGUUCAUCGUUUUCUGGGUCACCCUGGUUCACAUUCUACUGAUGAUUAGGCUGACCUUCUCUAUAGGCACUGAGAUUCCACAUUUCUUCUGUGACUUUGUUCAGCUUCUCAAGGUGGCCCACUCUGAUACCCUCAUCAAUUACAUCUUCUUGUACGUAGCAACUGCACUGCUGGGUGUGUUUCCCGUCACAGGGAUCCUCUUCUCUUACUCUAGGAUUGUCUCAUCCUUAAUGCAAAUGUCCUCCACUGCAGGCAAGUAUAAAGCAUUUUCCACCUGUGGCUCUCACCUCUCUGUGGUCUCCUUGUUUUAUGGAACUGGACUUGGGGUCUAUCUCAGUUCUGCUAUGACCCAUUCUUCCCAGAGAAGCUCAAUUGCCUCGGUGAUGUACACUGUGGUCACCCCCAUGCUGAACCCCUUCAUCUACAGCCUGAGGAACAAGGAUGUGAAGGGGGCCCUGGGAAGACUCCUCAGCAGAGCAGACUCUUGUCUGUGA